AUGUUUGAAUUAUGUCGUCUUCCUCCCUUUCAGCUCCACGUUGUUCACUGGAAUUCAGACAAAUACCCCAGCUUUGUUGAGGCAGCUCAUGAGCCAGAUGGACUAGCUGUCUUGGGAAUAUUUUUGCAGAUUGGUGAACAUAAUCCCCAACUGCAAAAGAUUACUGACAUUUUGGAUUCCAUUAAAGAAAAGGGUAAACAGACUCGGUUUACGAAUUUCGACCCGCUCUGUCUGCUUCCUCAGUGCCGGGAUUACUGGACGUAUCCUGGCUCCCUGACGGUCCCACCUCUUCUGGAGAGCGUCACUUGGAUCAUUUUAAAGCAGCCUAUAAACAUCAGCUCCCAACAGCUGGCCACGUUCCGCACCCUCCUCUGCAGCAGGGAGGGGGAAGCGGCGGCUUUUCUGCUGAGCAAUCACCGUCCACCACAGCCUCUGAAGGGCCGAAAAAGUACUUCUAAUAAAACAAACAGAAUGAGAGCUAUGGAAAGAUGGGAUAUAGUGAAUUAAAGCAUCUAUUCCACAGCUGAAGAAGAGCCCAUCCAGUUUUUGUGAGGACUUCCCCAGGAUAUAAAUAGCUAUUUAAACUUUAAUGACUUACAGCAUCUAUCUCAUUCCCUUGGUGAUGGUAACAAUAAACCGGCUAAUAAUUGAUCAGACACAGUGAUUGUCAGUUUAUGGCAUAAAUGAUGUUCAUGGCAUGGUUUGAAACUAAUGAGGUACCAUGCAGGCAGAGCUGCCCAUGGGCUCGAGGAACAGAUUGCCUGAUUUUGCCCUAUGUUUUGGCAGCAGGGCAGAGAGCAGUCUGUGAAGAUCACUGUUUUGUCAACUAAUGGGGAAAAUCACUUGAGUCUCAAAUACUUACUCAGUCCACAGUCCCAUCAACCAUUUCCAUAGCAACACCUAUCUCCCCUGACACACAUGUCCCUCCAUCUCUUAAGCAGUUUUGUAAGUUGGCUUUUGAUUCUCACUUUAAUCUGUUAUCUCAUAUAUUUUUGCUUGGUUUUGGUGAAAAAGAAAGGGACAGGUCCUUCUGCUCUUUCUGGGACAAAGGGAGUGACACUAAGCAUUAACUUAAUAAUCAAAUUUAAGACAAAUACAUACUACGCUUUUGUCAUCUUCUGAAAGAAGUUAAUUGAGUUUCCUUAAUUGUGAUGAUUUGUUUCAGACAUCUGUCUUCCUCUGGAUGUACAUUUUCAUAACUGGAAGUAUCCAGUAAAUUGUGUAAUAAUGACAUAUAUGUUUGCAUUAAGACGAGUUCCUAAGACGAAAGUGCCUUUGAUUUUCUUUUCCACUUUACAUUAUCUAGCUUGAGGCCUUGUAGGAGAUUGACAUAUAAUAAAUAUGUAAUUAAUUGAAUAUUUGAAAAACUUUAUUUUGUAUCUUUGGUAAUUAUGUUGCUUCCUCCAAUCAAAUGCACUGUUAAGUUCAUGUAACAAGUAAAGUGCAAUUUAUCUCUUGAAAAUUAUUUUUUUCUUAAAGGAAUACUUGUUAAAUCUAUAUGUGUAACCAGAAGUUCUAAUGGCUUUAGAAAGACCAGUGUUGAAUGAAUUUCUUUAGUUUGGAAAGACAUGUUGUGAAGUACCCUAGUGAGUCAAAGAAGUCUGUUUUCUCAGAAAAAGUAACUAGCAUGCAAGACAGGGAUUCUAAUUACUGGAUAUGAGCAUUACCACUUUGUAAUUCAUGGUUUCUGCCACAGUAUUACAUCAGUUCUAUGCUACAAAUUGGACUUUAGUAGACUGAAAAAGUCCACACAGCACUGAUUUCCUUGAAGAUUGUCUGCUAAUUUCUUUAUCUCUCAGAGGCAAAAGGUCUACGUGUUAUCCAAAAUUGUUAUCUUUUGAAAAGAUUAAAGAGUUGUAAAUACUAAUCUUUUGUUUCCCACCUAGAUUGGAUUUAUAUUUGUUAAGCAUUUUGUAUUUUAACUUAAAUUGGAUUCAAUCGCAAUAAAGAUAAUGAGACAAACUUUGAA